GCAGCAGCGAAAACGGUAGUGACCAAUGGCGAUAGUGAUAGCGAUGGCGGCGGCGAUGGUGGCGGCGGUGAUUUUGUGCAAGUGUUUACCGCUUUUGUGCCGUGUGUCACGUAAUUAAGAGGGCUUUCUUUUUCUCUUUCUACGAUUCUUUACAAAUCUGUUAUAAUCUGUUUACCGCGGGAAAAAAACGAUGUCGGGAUAUCGUAAGGUAAACUAUUACGAAUUGUGUCGACUGUGUACUAGUAGUGAAGGUAACAAAAUGAAUAUUUUCCGCGAAGAAGGACGCAGGCGACAAUUACAAACGAAAAUACAGACGUAUCUACCGAUACAAGUUAUGGAAGAGGACUCAUUACCAAAAAUUGUAUGCCACGAAUGCGUCAAAAAGUUAGAAAAUUUUAUAGAAUUCCGAGAAACCGUUGUCAAUGCUGAGGGUAUGUUGGAGUCUUACUUCACUUCGCUUCGUUUUUCCGAGGAAUUUUUGAAAGAAGGAAAAGUUUAUGUAAAGAAUACAGAAAAGGAAAGAUCGUCCACACCAGAAGAUGAGGUUCUGAAGUCAAUGGAUAAAGUACCAACAUCAGUGGGAAUCCAAAUAAUGAAUAAUCAACAAACAACAGAUCAAAUACAGCAACCUGUUGUAGUUAGCAACAUAAAUACUUCUAAUAUACAAAUCAUCAGUGGCGUUCAAGCAAGAGUACAACAAUACAAAUGUGCUAUGCAGAUGCAACCAGGAGGUAUGGCAGCAGCUGUAGUCGAAGCUACAGCAGAAACUCAUUACAGUUAUCAACAACAAACUUCUCAAGUAUCAUCGCAACAAUCAAAUGAAGCGCAAAAUCAAAUCAGUGAUCAGCAAAAUCAAUCUUCUACAAUUCAGCAACAAGCUCAGAAUCCGAUACAGAAUCAUAGUCAAAUAAAUCAACAAGUACAAUCCCAAAGAGCAAUUUCUCAACAGUUGAAUCAAUCGGCACAAUUAUCUCAACAAAAUCAAAGCCAGGUCAGUCAACAAGUACAGGGACAAUCGCAGAUGUCACAACAGCUCCAACAAUUACAAAGGCAACAGCGUGAAUUUGAAAAGCAGCACAGACAACUUCAACUUGAAAAACAGCAGGUACAAAUUAUAACACAACAAGAAUUUUCAGUGAAACAAGAGACACCAGUUGUACAUCAAAAUAAUAAUAUAGUUCUAAAAACUGAAACGGACAUGGAUUCGAAUCAACAAAUCAUGCAAAAAAUACAAUCCGAAGCUCAAAAAGACGAAUCUCCUAACUCAAAUGUACAAACCUAUUCUACGGUACAGGAAACGCCAGAAGUAUUUCUCAAUUUAGGCUUCAAAGAAGGUCCAUUGAUGGCGAUUCGAGAUGAAAAAGAUUUUAAAGAACUUACAAAAACUUCAUCUGACGACGGAAUGUCUCGUAAUUCAAUUGAACAAAUCAGAGAAUUUUUGAGACUCAGAUCAGGAGCGGAACCAGCUUCUUUAAUCACUGUAAAUCCUCAAGGUCUGUCGCAAGCUGCAAGGAAUGCUGUUUGUCGUGAUUGUGGUAAAACCUUUCCUUCAUUUAACCAAAUGAGCAAUCACAAUUGUAACGUCGAGACACUUAUAAAUGAACCAUCGGAUGUCGGAAAUAAGGAUGAUCCUUUACAAACUACUGUUAAUUCUUUUAAUUGUGACAUUUGUAGUAAGCCAUUUAAACGGAAAGAGCAUCUCUUUCAACAUCGGAAAUUGCACACUGGUGAGCGACCGUACGUGUGCACGACAUGUACGAAAGCGUUCAGUCGUAAGGAACACUUGGUCAGACAUUCGGUAUCUCAUACCGGACAGAAGAUGCAUGAUUGUGAAAUGUGUGGUAAAAGUUUUUCACGUAAAGAUAAUCUACAUAAACAUCGAAAAACACAUGGUGUAUCUGGUCCUUAUAUUUGCGAGACUUGCGGGAAGUCAUUUGUCGUGAAACAUUAUUACGUGAUGCACAUGACUACUCAUGCGGUAGCUGUCGUAGACGGCAUAAAUUGCCCAGAUCCAUUGCCAUAUAAAUGCGAUAUAUGCCAUAAAGCAUUUUCGGUAAAACAGUAUCUCACUACGCAUAGACUUAGACACAGAUCAAAAAAUAAUAACAAUUCUGCACAAAACAGUUUAAACGGACAUCAACAACAAUCGAACGUCGCAAAUAAUGUAAAUGUAAAUGUAGUGACAAAUAACGUUAGCAAUACUGGAAAUUUAAAUAAUAAUGGGCAAUCCAACAAUGAGUCAACGGUCGAAAUGCAAAGCGUUAUCGAACGAAACGAACAAGCUAAUGGAUCAUUUGCGAACAGUCAGUAUCAUAAUAAUAUUCAAGAAUUUCAAUGAGAUAAGGGAAAGCGUGUCUAUUAUGUUCUCUUGCCGAAUGGUAACAAUCAUAAGAUCGUGGUUGUAUAAGCAAGAGAAACUUUAUGACGCGCUAAAAUAUUUUCUUAUGGUUUUGUUCUUGAAUGAACGUGGUUUUUGUACUUUAAUACUACAGAAUCAAAAUAAUUAUUCUGACAAAUUACAUAUUUUGAUGUACACAUCCGACAAAAAGUAAAUCUGUUAAAUAUUUUAAAAAUUCGUCGGGCAUGACAUUGUAAAUAUUGCUAACAGAAUAUUUAACUGUGGUGUUGCAUGGUGUUUUAAAUGAAUGCUUAUUUGUAUUCGAAUAUAUGUAUUCGAGAAAUAUGUUAAUAUUUGUAUAUAAUGUCGUGUAUACAGAUAUAUUAACCUCUUAAAGACCGAUAGCAAAGAUUUUUGCCUUUUUUUUAAUUUAGAACUUUGUCUAAUGGACUGGAAAAAGAUCAGAAAAUUUUACUGUCCUCAAGUUUAGUCGCGUUCCAAAUAACAAACAAAGGUUUUUCUAAAUUUUAAGGCUCCCUGAACACGAUCCCAUAAUCGAUUUUUUACAUCCUAAACGAAAUACGGUAAUUUAAAGAAUAAACUUUUUUUCAAUUUUUCAUGAAUCUUUGGCACGAACAUAUAAACAUUUUAAGGCUCGAAAAUUUUUCACAUGAAAUUUGUAAUCAACAUUCUCGAAAACUUCUACGUAUGAAUUUUUAAUGGAAUCCAAUACAUUUUCGUUUUUGGUCCUUUGGGUCCGUUUCGUGAAUUUAGCUCGAUCUUUAAGGGGUUAAGGGAGCACCUAUAUACAGGUUGUUUACUGGAAGUUGCUGAAACUAAUUAUCUCUUACUUUGUGUGAAUAUUGGAAAAACUAAAUUACGUUUAAUAGAAGAUAUUCGACGAUUUUAUUUUAAUAUACUAUUCUGUAUAAUAAAACAUUUUUACUUAAUUUUUAUUUUAUAAAAGAUAACAAAACUUAGUGUAAUGAUAUGUGUUUUCGAAGUAUGCACCUUUACUAGUUGAACAAAACUCAAUUCUUUAAAAAACCUAUAUAAAACUUUCUGUAAACAAUCUUUUAUUAUAUCAUUAACUAUUUUUAAUGCUUGUCUUUUAUUUUUGGAGUAAGAGCAAAGGCACAGACUUUUGCAUAACAUAAGAAAAUUAAUUAAUUAGAAUCGCCUAUUUCUUUCUGUUAAGAGUAGAAUAAAGACAUUUAAUUAAUUCAUUCUUUUAUGCAAAAGUCUGUGCUCAUUUAUCCAGAGCAUAAACAGUCAGUCAGAAUCAGAAUCAGUUUCUCUGUCAGUUGUCUUUAAUUUAUCUCAAUAAAAAUAAGUCGCACAGGUUUAGAUCUGAAGAGUAAGAAGAUUAUUUUAUUUUUCCCCGGAAAAAAUUUAGAAUAUUCCAAACUAAUUAUUCGAUUUCUGUAAACUUUAUUGAUUGCUUCGAAAACUUUCAUCAAGAUAAAACGUAUUUUGCAAAAAAAUUUUUUAAAAUUCUAUGCAGCAAAGAUUUAGGGAUUAAGCUGCUUUUCUAAUGGAAGAAUUUAGAUUUUCUUUAAAACAUUGCUCCAUCCUUUGUUUGUUAUUUUCUCACUACCUUGUACAAAGGUAAAUCAUACCUGAAUAGUAUCAUGAAUUGUACCGCAAGGAAUAUUACAAAAAAUUUUCGAUUAUUCUGUAAAAAAUGUAUGCGGAAUUAAUUAACUAAAAAUUAAUAGAAAUUAUUUCAAGAAAACGGAAUAGUGUACAUUAGUGUAAACAAAAUUUUUUAACCUUUUUAGAGUAUUUUUGUUUGCAAUGCUGUACAUAUUUGGUACAAAAUGUUUUAUACAGUAUACACUUUUCUUCUAGAAAAAAGUCCUUUAUAAGAUAAACUUUUUCUUCUACUGAGAUAUCACUCAUUUUUAAACACAUGUUACUGUUUCGACAAAGUUAAAAUAAAACCAUCAAAUGUUUUCUAUUGAAUUAUUAAAUUUUAAUUCUUCCGAUACUCGUGUGCAUUACAGAAUGAAAGCUAAUUAGUUUCAGCAACUUUCCAAAUACCUAGCGGAUCAAAAUUACGGUUUAAAUUUGCAAAUUUUUUGUAUAAAAACGGAAAGAAAAUCGAAAAGGGGAUAAAAAUGUCAUGUUUAUUUUAAUGUAAAAUAUAUUACUAAAAAAUUAUAUAAAAUAGUGUUACUAUUAAAAUUUUCCAGAAUGUUCUAAAGAACGUUUAUAAUGACCACUGCUGUUUUCAUAGGAUCUUAAACUUGCAAAAACUAUGAAAAAUUUUAAAAAUAAUUUAUAUCCAAAUUCAAAAGUUAAAAAUUUAAAAAAUUUCAGUUUUUAUUAAAUUUAUAAAUAUACUAAAAUUUACACUUAUUUUACUCUUAAUUUUGUAUUAAAAAAUUUUAACAUUAUAAUUUGUAUUUUGUACUUAAAAUUAUUUUUAACUUUUUAAUGUAUAUUGUCCAUUUUUCUUUGUAACAAAGUAUGAAUGCCAGGAGACUGAAAGUUAUAUAUACAUACACACAAUAUAAAUUGUAACAAAUAGGUUUAAAAUCUUAAAAAAAUAACAUUAAAAGUAGCUGUAAAAUUCGUUAAUUACUAAAAAAACGUUACCGUUACAGUUAUUAAAAAAGAAAAAUAAUGCUAUUAUCACUCUUUUAUUACCACUCUAAAAAAAGUAAAUAUAAUGAUAAUGUGUUAUUUCCCACUGAUGAAAUUGCUAAAUUAAUCGGUAAAAUUGUUUUCAAGGUAUAGUGUUCGCGCUUUUUGAAAGCAUAAUUUAAAUAGCGACGCCAUUUUAUAUAAUUUUUUAAUAAAUUUUAAAAUGUUAAAUAAAAAAAGCAUGAUCUCAAUGGAAUAAAUACGACUUACGUAUCUUUGUUUUUUCAGAAAAAGAAAAAUUACGCAAAGUUAUGUCUCAGCUAAGUGCAAAUGCUCCCGUAAUACUUGUAUGCAACAUUCUAUAUACGAAUAUCAUAUGUAAAUAUAGCACCAAAAUCAUAGAAAAUAAUUUUUCCAAAAUAAUGGAAAAUUUUGCAAAAUACAAUAUGUGUCCAUAUUAUCAAAGUCAUUAUCAAAAUCACAAAUUGAUUUUAAUCUGUAAAACUUGCUAAUACAACGACAUAAUUGCACUCUGACUAGUUUACAAUGAACUGAAGUAAAUUAAGAAGGUAUUCUCGCUUUUGAUAUCAUUUUUGUAUUUGUUUUUAGGAAAUUUUUUAAAGAAAAAAUAUAAAAGCUGUAAAUUUACAGGUUUUGUAACAGACCUGGUGGAAACUCGAGCAAAUUGGAAAAAGUUAAAAAUUUAAAUUGGUUAGGAAAAGGUUAGGGAAAGAUGUAAAAAAGUCUGGAGUUUUUGUUCACCAUUUCCUUAUGCUCUCAUUCUAAAGAGUAUUUACACUAGCGAUUAUGAAUGCCUUCACGCAGUUUUCCAUGUGCAUAUGCAUUUUAUAUAGGGUAUAUUACGUGCACUAUAUGCGCAUAUUGAAAGCAGCAUGAGGACAAGUGAAAGCAUUUACAAUUGCUAGCGUACAUGCAAAUUUUUAAAUGUUAUCUCUACCAUUUUUUUGUUCAUAUACAUUCAAAACUUGCACACUUUACAAGUCAUUCUUUACAUAUUAGUUUCAUGGUAUAUAAAAAAAAUUAAACAAAAUGAUUAAGAAAAAAUAAUCAUUCACUAUUUGUAUUAUGUUUUGACCGCGAGAAGAUAAAGAAAUCAAGAUGUUCUAUUGUAACAAUUUUUAUGUACAUUUCUUUUUUAUAACAGAAAAUUUUUUACUAUUAUCUAGAAAAUAUGGAAAAGUCAGAAAACUUUAAAAUUCAUUUUUUAUGUUUAUUUUUUAUCGCGCACGCAUACACACAAAUUAAUGAUUAUCAUGAUAAAUCUAAAACUGUCUGUAUAUAUUCCAACCUGAUCUACUGGUACCUGAGAAUGUUAUGUAUUACUUUUAUAAUGUCUCUAAUGAAAUUUUUAAGAUCAUUUUGAAACAUAAUCGUAAUAUCAAAAUAUAAUAAAUAAGAAUUAAAAAUUGGCAAGUUAAAUUAUUUAAAAUUUGCAUGUUAAAUAUGACACAUCGUAUAGUAAAAAUGUAUACAAAAUUAAUAUAAGGAUUGUAUUUAAUAUCUUUAUUACGGUACGAUAUGCCAUAUGUAAGCGCACAUGUUUCGGAUAGUUUAUUUGCUUAAUUAACACCCCUCUUAUUUAAAAAUUACAUUUCGACACCUUUGGUAUUAAGAUUUUCGUAUCGAAAAAAUCUUAGGAGUCUGCUAUUAACGGAUUAACCCUUUUAUUACCAGUGGGAAGUAUACUUUCCACUUAUUUUUAUAUUAUAAAACUUGUUUCGAGAUACUAAUAAUGAUGUUCGACUUUCAGUACAGAAAUAUUUAGUUUGCAUGUUUUCAAAAUUUUUUGCACUUAAUAGUCGCUUGGUGAUUGUUUAUAACAAUUUAAGUGAAAAACAAUUUUUUUAGAAAAAAAUCAAUUUCUCCUAAAAUUUUAUAUUGAAUUUGACCAUUUUUGAGUAUAAAGUGUUUGGGGGUCGCUGAUUACUAAUUUGAGGUCAAAACUGAGAAAUUAAAAAUGGCGAAUCCAACACGGUGGAUGGAAAUAUUAAAAACUGAAAAUUUUUAGUUUGGAACAGUAUAGCGAUUUCUAUCCAUAUUUUAUACAAAAUUUACAAUAUAAAUAGUCUUUUGUAAUAUUUCGCUUAGAUGUAUCGUUUUUGAGAUAGAAAUUCGUGAAUAUCGAAGGUUGCUAAAAGUAUUAUAUCAUAUGUAAAAAGCUAUCAUGUAUCUACCAUUUUGAAUUUUGAUAUUAUCUUUAUCAUUUAAUCUUAGACUUGUAAUAAAACCUAAAAAAAGGAUUUACUGCAAAAGUAUUUAGACUUUCACUAAUUUACUAGCUAAUGACGGUUAUAUUAGAUCCAUAUUUAAUUUACAAAAUCUGAAUUCAGAUUCGGAAUCAGCGAUCCAAGAAACGUAGAUAUGCAAACUUUCAAGAAAAUCUACUAAAAAAAACCUAAAUCGACAAUCAAAGGGUUAAGCCUGGAAUACUUUGUGUGACACACACACACCAUUUUCUCACAUUCAAAAUGUAAGUUAUUAGAAAUAUCGAAAAAAUGUUGGAUUUAAAUCCAAAAGCGAGAAUAUCCGCUUAAAGUUUCUAUUUAUUGAUGUAUUAUGUAACAAAACACAGAGAGAUCUUGAGUGAUAAAACUUUACAUAAAAUGAAAUCAAAAUGUUCCAGAAUUUGAAAGAAGUUUAUCCAAGAUUUUAUUCCUUCUGUAAAUUUUUUGAAAACACUUUGUUUGUUUGAUUCAAGUGCAUUUUCUAGUAAUAUUUGAUAUAGAAUAUAUAUAUUUUGCUUUGAAAAGAGAAAGGAAAAAAUAACUAAUUUAAAAUAUUAUGUAUCAAUAUUUCAUAAUAAUUUGAAAAUAAUAUCUGAAACAUAGAAAAAGAAAUUUUAAUAAUAUCUAAUUAAUUAACAGUGUUAAAUUUGUUAUAUUUAAUCAAUUUAAUAUGGAUCAUUAAUUUUAUUGCAUUAACAUAAUUUCAUACAACACUGCAAAACAGAAUUGUAAUUUUGAUAUCUAACAAUGUAGGGUUAGCAUAGCUUUGUUAUUCUGAUUCGUUAUUCUGAAGCAACGCACAACUCUGUACUCGUACACAUCUCAUUCCUGGUAGUCUAAUUUGUGCAAACUUGUGUAUCGCCUGCCGAGAUAACGAAGCCAUGCUGAUCUUAUGUUGCUUAACAAAAAAUACUCGUCAUGUCUUUCUCUAUUAUCUCUUGAAAUUUUGGUACAGGCUCUUGAACACCUUGUAUAUUCGAAAACCAUGAUCAUAUUGUUAAGAUCAUGAGAUUGUUCAAUUUCUGACAAAAAAUAUUUUAUUAGUAAUAUGAAAAUUUUUUAAUUUAAAGAGCAGAAAUUUAAAUUUUAAGAUUUAAAUGACAUUAAUCAACUCAUAGCACAUCAAAUUUCCAAUUUUUAAUGUUUUAUAUGUAAAUUAUGUACAUACACACACACACGCACGCGCGCGCGCGCACACACAACACAUAGGGUGAUUCAAAAUAAUCUUUUGUCUUUAAAAUGUUCUAUUCUUGACUUAAUUCUAAGACGAUUUUUCCUUUUCUAAAAUUUUGUUUAAAGUUCAGUUUUUGAAUUAUUAGAAAAAAUAGUUGUAUUAUAUAAUCAGGUACAAAAGGUAGGUAAGGGCAAUUAAUCAGAUACAGGCACUUACGCGGAGCGCUUGAUGUAAUUAUUCAAUAAUUAGCAUAGUUUUUGAGAUGGAAAGAUUGUCAAAAUUAAAUAUAAGAUCAGAAAUAUAACAUUUUAAAAACAAAAGGCUUUUUUAUUGGUACACAUUUUCUCUCUCUCUCUCUCUCUCGCUCUCUCGCUCGCUCGCUCGUUUACUUACUUGCUAUUACUUAUAAUGAUGACCUAGCUUAUUGCUGUUCUCUGUUAUUUUUUAAACUGAUGAAUUUCGCGAUGAAUUACCACAUCGAGUGUCAAACAAGAUUUUUUUAAAAUAAAUUUCUUAAAGAUUAUACGUAAUUUAAUUGACAUUCCAUAAAUUUAAAUUAAUAAUAAACUAAUUUAACCUAUAAAUUUUAAACUAAUCGAACGGUUAUUUAAAUUUGGGUUAUUAAAGCUUGUAAAAAUGGAUUAUUUGGUUUUGAAGCAGAAAUCAAUGCUUUUACCCUAUCCCUAUAAUUAAUGAUUGUUUCAUUAAAGCUUAACUUAGUUAUUAUUUGCGUAAUUUACUACUCUCCAAUCUUUGCAAUAUUUAGCUCUGAAUGGAUGGCAUAACUUGUGAAUUUAGUGCUGAAUGCAAGAAAAUAGUUGUACAGUUGUUGAAGAUUGAUCUUAGUUUCUGUUUGAUAAAAUAUAUCCAAGGCAACAGCUAUUGAAGGAAACUGCUGUACAGUAGGAUAACAAAGGAUAUUAAAGGAGUAAAUAAGAACUAAGAAAGUCUAGUCCAAUACUAGAGAAAAAUAAUAGGAUCAACAAUACUUUUUCCUAUACCCAAAUGAAACAAUCCUAACAACUGCAAGAGCACUUGCAGCAAUUCUUGAUAGAGUCACAAUUUUAGAUUCCAGUCUUCUCUUUUUCAAGUCUUCUCUUGGUUGUAUUAAUGUCAUAUUUAUUUUAAAAAAUGUUUAAAGCUUCUUUCACGAAAUUGUUGCUUCUGUUUCUAAUUUUGUCAAAUACAGCUUCUCUAGUAAAUACAAUAUAAUAAAAUUCUAGAUCUUGUCUGAGGGUCAUACUGUUACUAAUAGUGAACUCUAAACCAUUUAGGAAUGACCUAGUAAUAUUCUCUAACAAGUCUGGAUUUUUUCGUAAUUCUUGUUUCUUUAUUAUAAAUUUUCUCCUUAAUUCUUGCAAUAUGUCUCUGGGAUUAAAUUCUUCAUAUUUUACUGUUUCGUUUACACCUUUACAAAAUAUUAAGUCUGAUUCAAUACUUCUCAAAUUCAACACUGAAAAGAUGUCAGUAGCCUCUUCAUCGUCUAUAUUAUACUCGGGGUGCGAUCCAGUUGACGUUACAAACGCUUUAAAGAUUUUUUGAUUAGCCAAUUCAUAAAAUUCUUUAUUCUGAUUGGUCAAUCAAAUGCUUCGAAGCAUAUAAUGUGCACCAUAAGAAGGGUGAAUAUUCCAGCCCAUAAUACAGUAAGCUUCUACUGUAUUAUGCAUUGCCACAGUCUCGAAGAUUUGCACCGUGGCAUUGAAUGAAAUUGUGGCAUUGCGAAGUAACCUCAUUCUAUCGACAGAGAGAGAGAGGCGUACGCGGCGUGAGCAUAACGCGCGGAAGUGGGAAAAUAUUUAUCACGGAGAUUUUCCCUUUAGUAAGGCAAUGGGGAAUUCCCAUUAAGGAAGAUCACAAUAAAUUGGAGAAUGGCAAUGCGGAACUUCUACUGUAUUUCUAAUUCUGCCUCUCCAUUCCCAUCUUAAGGCUAACUCAAGGGAGUUUUGGCUUUAAAAAUUUUGGGAAUAAAUGAGUAUUUGUAGACAAUUUCUUUCAAUUUCUCUUCAAAAAUUAAAGACUCAAUAUUAUUUGUGCUUUCCUUACGGAUAGUUCUUAUCCAACCAAUAUCAGAACAAGUGCUCUUUGAAUUAUUACUCAAUUUGGUUAAUUUAGAGAUUAAUUGUCUAAUAAUCUCUUUGAUUUUUUUCCUUGUUCCUAGCAAAUAUGUGAAUCAAAUUUAGAUCUUGAGCGUUCACUUACUGAGCAAAGUUACUGACAACUAUUGUUGACACAAUUGGACUAUAGUGGAAUUAUCUAUGAGAUCUACCUAGUGAGAAACAGUACAUCGAAUCGACAUCAAUUCGACAUCGAAAUCAUCAUUUCGAUGUCGAUUCGACGUCGAAUUGAUGUCGAAUUCAUUAUCGUUUCUCGCUGGGUAAUGAUCAUAAUCUGCUAGGAUUACACUAGUUGAAGUUUGGGGUUGACUUUUUCAAACAAAUAUCUCUAUUUUUACAAGAACAGAUUUUAGUCACAAAACUCGUAUAAAAACACGGAGAAGAACACAAAUUACUGUAUUUAUGAGUCAAAAACUGGAUUCGAGAAAAUUAUAUUAUAAUAUGCCCGUCAAUAAUGUGCUACGUAAGUCUUAACAAACUUUAAUCACACAGAUUGUACACUUGAUCUAUUCAUUUGAUUAAAACAAGUUUACUAAUUAAUUUAUCGGUUAAUCAAUUAUUAUCAAUUACUUUAAACACUAAUUAUUUGGUGAUUAAUAAUCAUUACUAAAAGAAAAAAA